AUGGCCAUCUCGUCAACCAUCCCCCGAGGUGACGUCAAAGCAACCCUCAACUUCUACAAUCCUCCAACCGACAACUCCGCUCCCUUCAACUUCGUCGACACUCCCCCCAAGGGACAACCCCAGCGUAACUUCACAGACAACCCCCAAUCAACCAUCAUCCACGACAUCCGUGGUCAUGAAUCCGAGUACACCUUAGACCACGAUGCCUUCCAAGUCAUCCAGGAUGUUCCGCCCUCUCAAGAAGCCGAGUUUGUUGACGACGACUCCAUCAAGUCAAACUACUAUCCUGAACUGGAGCAGCUUCUUCUCAACAACGUCGCUGGGUCCAAUCGUGUUUUCUUCUUUGAUCAUACUAUUCGGAGACAGGACCCUAAUGCUGCGAGGGCGCCGGUGACUCGUGUGCACAUUGAUCAGACUGCUGAAGCUGUGGCCCAGCGUGUACGCAGAUACUUUCCCGACGAAGCAGACGAGCUUCUCAAGCGACGCUAUCGUCUUGUCAACAUCUGGCGGCCUCUCACUAAGAGACCUCUUGAGUCUUUCCCUCUUGCGGUUGCGUCCUCUGCUUCUGUAGAGGAUAAAGAUAUUGUGCCGGUUGAGCACCGCUACCCAGAUGGUUACCGUGGCUGGACUGCGGCUAUUCAUCAUAACCCAGACCAGAAAUGGUAUUAUCUCAGUGGCAUGAAGGGGAGUGAGCGGUUGUUGUUGGAGUGCUUUGACAGCGAGUCACUUAAGCCCGGUUCCAAGAUCAAGGGCCGUGUACCGCAUACUGCUUUUGAAGACUCGAGGACUCGACCUGAGGCAGAAGGUCGUGAGAGCAUCGAGGUUCGCGCACUGGUCUUUGGUCCUUGA